CCCAAGUACGCUCCAUGAUUUCACUCGAAGGACCCUUUCUUCGUCGUCUCUGUUCCAAGGCAAGUACAAUAAUUUUGCUUCUCCCACUCCCAUGGAAGCUAAAACCAUCGCAAUGUCUCUCAGUGGUGACCGCUUAUUGAUUCUCCCGACUUCUCCUCGCUCUUCCUUCGUUUCUCCGGCCCGGUUCUCCCGCCUGCCGCUGAAGCGUGCGUGCAUAGGUGGUGUUGCCUCUGGUUCCGGCGUCGAUGGCUACCGUGGCUUGGCUCGCACUCGGUGGAAUCCGAUUGAUUCGACUCGCCACCGACUCGUCCCCGUUCGUGCAAUUGACUCGGACCUUCCUCAUCCGAUUCAUCAGGGAUCUUCAGGUUUGGGGAAAAUUAAGGAAUACGAAGAAUGGGAUUCGUGGACGGCCAAGUUCUCCGGUGCAGCAAACGUUCCAUUUCUGAUGCUUCAAUUGCCACAAAUCAUCCUCAAUGCCCAGAAUCUUUUGGCGGGAAACAACACCGCACUUUCGGCUGUCCCAUGGAUGGGGAUGUUGACUGGUCUAUUAGGAAACCUUUCGUUGCUUUCAUAUUUUGCAAAGAAGAGAGAAAAAGAAGCAGCUGUGGUGCAAACACUGGGAGUGAUCUCCACCUACGUCGUGCUUGCGCAGCUCACAAUGGCUGAAGCUAUGCCUCUGCAGUAUUUUGUUGCUACUUCUGUUGUUGUCACGAUCGGUCUCAUAUUGAACUGUUUGUACUAUUUCGGUAAGCUUAGCACAACUCUGUGGCGACUGUGGGAAGACUUUAUCACUGUUGGUGGACUCUCCGUUCUUCCUCAAGUAAUCUCUCUACCAUUCACCUCACGUUUUGGCUUUUUUACAAUAGCUCGAACAGGGAAACUCUCAGAGGAAGGUGUUAGGUUUUUCGGGUCUUUAUCUGGAUGGACAGCGACACUUAUGUUCAUGUGGAUGCCUAUUUCCCAAAUGUGGACAAAUUUCCUAAACCCAGAAAACAUAAAAGGCUUAUCGCCAAUCACAAUGGUACUUGCGAUGAUGGGAAACGGGCUUAUGAUCCCACGAGCACUAUUUAUCCGUGAUUUGAUGUGGUUCACUGGCUCGAUAUGGGCAACUCUCUUUUAUGGAUAUGGAAACAUUCUAUGCUUAUACGUGUAUAACUGCACCAGCAAGUCAUUCUUCGUGGCCGCCACAGUUGGUUUGAUCUCAUGGCUAGGACUGGCUUUGUGGAGAGAUGCAGUGGCUUAUAGUCACAACUCGCCGUUUAGAUCUUUGAAGGAACUGGUUUUUGGACCAUAACCUUAAAUGCGACAAACGCCGUUUGCUUCAAGCAAGUCCAUAGGGUUUACUUGUUUGCAAAGUUCUCGGUGUCAACUCAAGGACCAAGUCCUGAGUUCAUGUGUAAUUUAUGUUAUUCUUUUUUCCAAGUUACUGUGUAAAACGCCUAUUUACUAUUUAGUGCAACUUAAUGUAUUGUAUUAUAUUCGCAGAAUCAUAAUGCUAAAUCAUUAUCUAUCAACUAGUUAAAUUCGACAA